UUGAGUGCGGUUCGAAUUUCGCGUAGCCUUCGAGUCGUCAAAGAGUUUUUUUAAUAGCCCUCAGCUGUACGGUUCGGUUCGGUUCAGUGCAGUACGGUAGACGCGUGGCUCCCUGUCCGCUGGAAAUCCCCCUUUGCUUCCGUGGACAGAGCUAGAGAAGCACAUAGCGCGACAACGGAUUUUCAUACACGUUUGAUUUCUCGCUUUGGUUGGCGGACGCUGGAGGAUAAGUGGGUAUAAUCUUGUUGCUCGACACGUUAGCAGCACCGGACGAGCGGCCGAUUGCAACGAGGCGCUUCGGUAAUGAUGAGUGAUUUCAAGUGAUACACAUUCACACUUCUCUAAACCUCUCGUCGUUGCUAGAUCCGGACUCGAAAUUACUACCGAGGAACGACGACGUAGAAAUGUGCUACGCUUAAAGUAUAGUGUUGCAGCCUUAGUCUUAUGUGCAGUGUUGUGAGCCAGGUGGAAUAAUGCGUAUGUGACGGUUGCUUCGAUGAGAAUAAACUAGUGAAAAAAAUGAAUUAGAAUGAAGUGAACGAUUUGAUGAUAUUGAAUCAUAUUACAGCUAUUACCAUGCCAUUAAGUGAAGACACGGAUGCAAAUAUGGGUAAACAUAAGGUUUGCCACCCACACCAAUCUGCGGAAGACAUUCCAGUUAUGCAAAUAACAAUUAAUCGAAUUUAAUUCAAGUGAGUCCUCAGCAGUGAGCGGACCUACAACGUAAUGGCAUAUUCCAAACAAUCCCCUACUAGGUAAAGCGCACUGACGGCUCUGCUGCAGCUGUAGGUUUCCGAGUACGGUACGGUACCUGUGCUUGGUGCUGAUGACGAUAUGACCACAGAAUGUGGAGAAUAAGAGCAUCGUAAAAUAAUCCACUCCCAAGCUAUCCGUAGUGUGCAUGCGGCUACGUUACAUAUGCUAUUUUCGUCCUUGGGCCUAGUAGCGUCACACGCAGAUACACGUGAGGAGCAACAUGGGGGUUUAUGCGCCCGCAAUUUUCAUUGCACCCCCUAGCAGCACCGGCUGAUUGGAGGACGAAAUCACCAGUGCAAAAAGGAAGUGAAAGUCUAUUCUUUAUUAGCGUGCUAUAACCUUUAGCCCCACAGUGCGAACGAAUCAGUGAAUAGUGUCAUCGAGUGUCUGUGUUGUGGUGUUUCUCGUCGUCCGGAGUGAACUAAUCUCGUAAACAACAUGAAGCCGGAUAAAUUGGAUUUGGAGAUUAAUGAAGAUGAAGACUUUUCUGCCGCCGAGAUGGAGGAUAUAAUAGCAGAAAACUGCCACUUGGAUGAUCUGUACACCCGGUACAGGCAACGGCUGCGAAAGUCGUUAUUCAUCUCCGGACUGGGGAUAUCAAUACUCUCCUGCUUGAUAUCAAUCGUCCUGUGCCAGCUACAAAAAGCGAUUGUGGCCGAUCUGACGAUGCUCGCCGUUGCAGCCCUGGUGCUGUGCGGUAUCCUGGUGGCACUGCACUUCCCAAUGGUGAUGAACUCCCCAUUGGCGGCCCUCGGCUUCGCUCUUCUCACCACCGGAACAAUCGGAGCCGUCGCAAUCGCCGUAGGAGCACAGCUGGCUCCACUGCCACUGUUUGCACUCAUUUUGGGAGUACACACGAUGCUACCCAUUUCCUGGCCGGUAUCCGUAGUGCUAGCAGUAAUCCUGUGCCUGAUUCACAUCGGCUACCGACUUUGGCCCGGAGUGCAUGACCUGCCGACCUACUUCUUCCCGCAGCUGCUGGCGGAAAUGAUCUUCCUAGCGUCGGCGACCGUCAUGGGAUUGUACUAUCGCAUCAUGUCCGAUGCUGCCCACCUGGAUGCCGUCGACGGGACUCGAACGGGGAUCGAGCAACGGGUUCGAUUGGAGUGUGAACGAGAGCAGCAGGAGCAGUUGCUGCUGAGCGUUAUACCGGCCUACAUUGCAGCGGAGGUGAAACGCAGCAUCAUGCUGAAAAUGGCGGACGCUUGUCAAACAGCCGGUGGUCAGAGUCAAACACGCUUUCACGAGAUGCACGUACAGCGUCACAACAACGUGUCCAUCCUGUAUGCGGACAUUGUAAAUUUUACCCCCCUCUCGGAGCAGCUGACCGCAUCCGAUCUGGUCAAAACGCUCAAUGAACUGUUUGGCCGAUUUGACCAAAUUGCACAGGAGAAUCAGUGUUUGCGGAUAAAGAUCCUCGGUGACUGUUACUACUGCGUGUCGGGUCUUCCGGUGUCACGGCCUCAGCACGCUGCCAACUGCGUCAACAUGGGACUGCAAAUGAUAGAUGCUAUAAGGCUAGUCCGAGAGGCAACGGGAUUCAACGUCGAUAUGCGGAUUGGCAUUCACACCGGUAAUGUGCUGUGCGGCGUUCUGGGUCUUCGCAAGUGGCAGUUUGAUGUGUGGAGCGAUGACGUUACCCUGGCAAAUCACAUGGAGAGCGGAGGCGUUGCCGGACGAGUUCACAUCACGAAAUCUACUCUAGAUUACCUGGGUGACAAAUUUGAAGUGGAACCGGGCAGUGGUGCAAGCCGAGAGUCAUACCUGGCAGAUCAUAAAAUUGAAACAUUUCUCAUCGUUCCUCCGAAGAAGCUGACGAACGACCUCCUAAGGGCAUCACCCAUUUCAAACACGCACUCCCCAUCGCCCACGACAACCAUCCAAAUCAACGAGCCGGAUUCGUUGGAUACCGCAUCCCUAGGCGAACCACCGAAAACACCGCGAACACCAAAAACUCCGGACGAUCUGCGGCGGUCUCAUGCUUCCAUUUCACCAACCGCCAUUCCCGAGGAGCAGGAACAGCUACUACCGCCUCCGGUUCCCGUAUCCAUGCUGCCGGUUCCAGUUAGCCCCAUUCCACCGCCAUCGCCAUCGCCACUCAUCAAACAAGCCAGCAUCACAAUAACCACCGAGACAAUCAACGAGGAAACGACUGAAAACGGCGACGAUGGAGACCAGCAGGAGCCAUGCAAAAAGUCCUGUCUCACACUGCCAGUUGAACCCAUCACCACAAACGGACAUCUGCCCGAGCGGGUCGGCAGCCGGAAGCUUUCGGUGCAAGGCUUGAUUGCGUUUGCCGAGCGACGAAAGUCGAACAGUUCCAUUUUCGGUGACAUGCGAAAAAUGUCGAUUACCAACAUAGACUGCCUCCGGUCGCCUAUGGUGUCCACCCCCGGGCCACUGAUGCGCAACCGACCGUCCACCAGGAUGACCAAGUACGUCGAAUGCUGGGGAGCAGACAAGCCGUUUGCAAACAUUACGGAUUCGAAAAUGGCGAGAAACAUCGGACUAGCGAGCAUCGCCAUGAUUGAAUCCAAUAUUCUGCCGGAAGAUGAGCACUGCAGCGAGUGCCAGUGCUGGGGAUUGCCAAAGGAGCUGAAGCCGGUGAUCAUGGUGUACCGAAACACGGACCGGGAAGCUAUGUACCGCGCUCAGCCAGACCCUAACUUUCGGUUUGAUCUCAUCUGUUCGUUCGUUUUGUUUCUAUCGAUUGGACUGAUACAAAUAGUAAUAUUUAAAAGCAAUGUAGUCGUUAUCGGUUCACUCAGUGCAACAACCGUAGCAUUAGGUCUAUUUUUAUAUCUUAGUAACUACCAGAUGUCGGAAAUGUCUCCACCCGGCAACAGUGGCCCCGGCCAAGUAAUCGCCGCUAGCAGAACCCUUCGAAUAGCAAUAUUUCUAAUUUCGACAGCGCUGAUUGCAGCUUGUGCCAUAUUUAGUGUGAUAAAUUUCGAUGAUCUGGUGAUAGCAGACGUUCAUCUGAUUAACAAUACCACCGAGACAGUUAUGUACGAGGUAGGCUACGCUCCGGUAGCACCGGUAUACCUGUACAUGUGUGCGGUCAGUUUGGCAGCUGUUUCGGCCUUCCUUCAGCAAGGAUUCAUCGUCAAGCUGCUGCUGAUGGUGUUCUACACUGGCGUGCAGUGUUCGCUUCUGUGGCAGAGUUCACUCUUCGAAACGUACCAAAUACUGUAUAGUUCAUGGCCUCUAGCGUUUCAGGGUGCUCUGUUCCUGUUGCUGAUAGCUGCUGUUCUAAACACUCUGGAUCGGCAAGGCGAGUAUGUGUCGCGUACUGAUUUCCUCUGGAAGGCUAAAUUGAAGGUCGAACAAGAGGAGGUAGAAACGAUGCGUGGAAUCAAUAAGAUUCUAUUGGAAAACAUCCUGCCAGCCCACGUUGCACAGCACUUCCUGAAAAAAGAGCGUGCCAUUCAGGAGUUGUACCACGAAAGUUAUUCGUCGGUGGCCGUGAUGUUCGCUUCGAUACCUAACUACAAGGAAUUUUACGACGAAACCGACGUCAACAAACAGGGCCUCGAGUGCUUGCGGCUGCUCAACGAAAUCAUCUGCGAUUUUGACAAGCUGCUGCUCAAGCCCAAGUUUAGCGGGAUUGAGAAAAUCAAAACCAUCGGCAGUACCUACAUGAUCGCAUCCGGUUUGCGGCCCGGCAAGGAGGAAGGUGCAACGAAAAAUAAUGACCAGGAUGAAAAACGAACCGAGGAGCACAACGUGGUGAUGUUGGUGGAUUUCGCCAUUGCUUUAAUGACAGCCCUGGACCAGAUCAAUCGCGAGUCAUUCCAACGGUUUCGGCUACGAAUCGGUCUGAACCAUGGACCAGUGAUAGCCGGUGUAAUCGGAGCUCAAAAGCCACAGUACGACAUCUGGAGCAACACGGUGAACGUGGCAUCGCGGAUGGAUUCCUGCGGAGUCAUGGGACGAGUGCAGGCUACAGAGAACACGGCGAAAGUGCUGAUGGCUGCCGGAUACUCCUGUGAGUGCCGUGGUCCCAUUCCAGUCAAGGGAAAAGGCAUCCUCACGACGUACUUUGUGAGAACGCCAUUCGACGAACGAAUUUAAAGCAGUACCUACCACUGUAAGGACAAGAAAAUGCUGUAUCAUCAUUCACGAAGUUAGUAUUUUUUCUAUCGUCCUUCCACAGCAUUGAACAUCGACAGUAGCAGAGUCCGGACAUGCAACAGGAAAUAAUGAGUGAGUAGAGUACAUUUAUAAGGGCAUGUUGAAGAAACGUGGAAAAGUUUAGCUUUUUUGAACAGGCUUGAAGCGUGCGUGUAGGUACGUUUGUGUACAAGUGAAAGGUGGCUGAAAUUGAUAGCUAGUUAGCCCUAAAUAGGCUGCUCUGAUCGCAAUACCACCCGAAUUUAUUAUAAAUUUUGUCUGCAUCAAACUAUAUUAGUUUCGCCUUGAGCUCUCAGUUUCUGGCGAUUAUUCGAGCCAUUACCUUCUAGUUGGAGCGCUAAAUUUUACCACAGGUGGUACACAUAAGUACAUUUUAAUUGACAAAAAUAUAACUAUGGACCAUUUGAAAUGUCAAUGACAGGUUAUAGAUUUUCUGAAAGUACCAUCAACUUAGUACUACUCUGGAAAGGGACGUGCGGAUACGAAAAAAAACUUACGUCAAAUGCAGCCAACGGGGAACUGUCACAAGCAAUCAGUCCAUUUAAAAUAUGUAAAGUAGAAAGAGAGGCUAUGUGAGACGAACAAAAAAUUAACAGAAAAAAGAAAAAGAAAACAUCUAUCCGCAGGUCCCGUCCCAGGCACACAAAUUCAUGUCUAACAGGAUUACUAAAAAUAUCUAACUCAGGAUGUCGUGUUGAUGUGGCAUGUACACAUUUGUAAGAGCCACUGCUUUUAAAAAGCCAUAAAAAAUACAACGUCAUGAUUUGAAGGUUAAAAGGUUUGUACUGAAAUUCACAAGAAAUGGAAAUGCGAUAAUAUAUACCUUAAUAACGGUUUUAGAAUGAAAACUAAAUUGUGUGUACUUUGUAUACAUACGCGACUCCUGUAAGGUCCACUGUCCGAUAUAUAAUGGAUUGAUAAGACCCAAAAGUAUCAUCAAAUCUUUUGUUUUGGUUGUGAACAAAUGAGAGGAGCAUCCCUAUUCGAAUGUAGUUAGACAAUGUAAUGAAGCGAACACCUACGGUAGAAUAGUUUAUCAUCAAUAUAAAUUGCAUCAAUCAAAAGUCCUAUAGAUUUUUAUUAGCAAAUAUUAAUGUAAAACAUACCAUAAAUAUGGAAUUCGCAUAUUGUGGUACCUUCAAUCCAGUGUAACGAAUGAUAAGCAUUACAGAAGAAAGUAACAAUGUGAAACAAGCAGUAUCACAACACAAGGGGAAGACACUCACGGACAUAUCUUUUCCUACCGUCAGAACAUAAGUAAUUCAGCUCACAAAACACACAUAUCUAUGCGAUUCGCUCACUGUAAGUACCGUCACCAUCUUCCCUAGAUUCUCACGCCAUCCUAGCCAGUCCAGAGCAAGCAUUUCAUAGCAUAAAUUGUCACGCGACGCACGGAUUUUAUCCGCCCAUUAGUACCUGGGCAUUUCCUGCAGUAAGGAUUAGAAUGAAAAUGCAUAUAUGAUUACUAUAGUACAGCAACUAAGUCAGAGAUAGCUCGUGUAAAGUUAGUGUUUUAUAUAAAUUAUUUCCCCCAUCUGUAUAGAUAUAGUGGCCAAGCCGCAUAAAGUACAUAAUGUCAAUUGGAAAAACAAUAUGUAU